UGCUCGGCAGGUCCGCGGGCAGGGCGGGAUCUCGGGUGCGUCUCCCGCUGCAGAGUCACGCGACGCUUUGUGGCAUUUUCUCGCCGGGCCCGCUUGUUGUCGAUGCGUCGACAAUGUUCGGAACAAACAGCGAAGAGCCAAAUCUGAAGAAGAACAUUUGUUUCUUCAACAUUCGGCGGAAUUUGCAUCGCUCACCCUUUUUAGCGCAGCUCUCACCUGUCGCCGCUCUGCAUAAAUGCUUCCCGACGCAGACGAGCGGCAGCUGGCGUCCCAGCAGCGGGACUUUACCUGCGAGAGAAAGGGUCACGUGAGCUCUGGUCACGGUCUCUGUCUCGGUCUCGGUCUGGCGCCUUACUCAAAUCAAGAUGCUGAAUGUCAAUCUGCAGCCUGGCGAACUCCACGUCGGCGUCCUGAUGUUUUCCGUCCACCUGAACACAUAACAGAGCAGCUUUUAUUUUGAAAGGUCGGUCGGAGGCCAGGAAGCGAGCGUUCUCUGUCCACCGAAUUGAGCGCGGCGUCCCUGUUAGGCCUCCUUCCAAAACCCCGCAUCGAUUCAAUUCGCGCCCUGGCCUUGAAUCGGGUGCUGCUUCGCUCCACCAGCAGCAUCUGCAGACGUUCUCUGGCCGGCUGCGGCGGGGUCUGCUCCCGCAGGGCUCGGUGGAUCCAGUGCGACAGCUUCCCUCGACCCGCCCCGAACUCCGCGUCCCAGCAGCCCCAGCGCCUCCAGGUGGCCCAAGAUGGAGGACUGAUUGAAAACGCCGGCGCAUGUCAGUCGGACGGCUUCGUUCCUCAGCCGUCACGCCGCAUCUCAGGUGGGCUACCUGCUGCUUCAGGUGUUUGUGGGCCGAAUCUCCGUUCUUCGGGUUAUUCGCUUCCUCCUGGAAAACUGCGUGUGACACAAAGUGUUCCUCCAACUGGAACGGCAGACCUUCAGCAAACGCAUGUAGCGUCACGCACGCAGACAAACGGACGGACCAUGAGUGAGACAGGCAAGGAGGCGGUCAGACAGACAGACGUCACCUUUUGCAGCAGUGUUGAGCGUGUCCAGCAGGUGUCUUAACUGAGUGGCGCUACGCUCACACAAACUCACCUGUUAAGGUAGCGUGUUACCAUGGUAACAUGACAAGGAAAAUGCUGAUACAUAGAGAAUGAAAUCAAAAUGGCCGUUACCUGUGGGAGCGUCUGCCCAUUUUGGUCAGCGGAGCCAGCGUUGAUGUUUUCUACGUAAUAAACCUGACGACAGAAAUCAUGUCCAUGUUUUCUACGAGGUUUACUACACGAUCAUCACACCAAAACACUACCCAGCCUGGACUUGGACAGCUGCAACCAGGAAUCUCCUUUCAGGACUUCCACUGUGGAAGCUUCCUUUCUCUUUCAGGACAAACAGUCCACUCUUAUAUUGAGAAACAUUCCAGACUCCCUCCCCACUUUGCCUUCUAUUUCCACUGAGGUCCGCUUACUUCAUUGCACUGAAGUUGACCAUGCCCUUUCGGUUUCCUCAGAGCAAAUCCCACCACCGACGAUGAAAUUGGCAAGGGAAUUCUGCUCAAACGGACGUUUGACUGACUCUGAUCACAAUCUGCAGCGGGACUUUGGCCCGGGGCUCAAUGGUAGUUGUAUACUUGGAUCGGAGAAAGGUGUUCACGGCACGUCAGAGCUCAGCGCAGACUGUCCUCACGAUGGUGAUCUUGAUGUUCCUCAUGAUGUUGAUCUGUGCUUGGUGUCGCCUUGCGAGUUCCAGCACCAAAAGAUCAAACCAGUAGAGAACCGGCAGCAGUUUGUGGUCUCUGAUCAGUCCUCCCAGGACCAAGGCAGCAGCACAAGCCAGGAAACCCCACACACAUCAGUUGGCGACUCACUCCUCAUGGCCCUGGACUCUGAUGUCCCACCCGCUAUAGAAGAUUUCCCUUCCUUGGUCAUGGACUCUGACGAUGACUCGAGUAGUCCCCUCUAUCCGGGACAUCCCGGCGUGACCCUCUCCCUCAGGCCAGGUCCGCAUUCCUCCCCUGACCCGACAUCAGCCCCGGUCAAGGACUUUCCACCGUUACCACCGCAACCAGAAGCUUGCAUGGCAGACGUCGAUGCCUCAAGCAAGAACCAAAAGACUUCAGUUAGCAAGACAAAAAAAACAGCGGGAACCUUGCAAAGGGAUACUUCUGGAAGCCUAUCUAUCCAGAACAUCAAGUCCAAGGCCAGCAGCACCGCAGCACUUAAAUCGGCCCCCGCCCUUGACACUAAAGUAUCCGCCCGGAUUUCACUGGGUGGAUCGAGAAGUGCAAGUGCCAAACCUUCGGUGUCAGUGACCAAAACCUCUGAGGCCUCUGCUGUCCACGUGGACCUGGCUUACCUGCCGUCCGGGUCUGCCUCGUCCACCAUCAACUCGGACUUGUUCCGACGCCUUCGCUCCUCCUAUUACGUGGUGAGCGGCGAGGAGCGCAUUAAGGUGGCGGUCAUGAGAAGCAUCCUGGACGCUCUGCUGGACGGGAAGAGCAGCUGGCCAGACACUCAGGUCACGCUCAUCCCGACGUUCGAUUCCGUGGCCAUGCACGAGCGGUACCAAGACACCCACGAGCAGCAGAGCCAGCUGUCAAUCACCGUGUUGGGGAGCAACAGCACCGUGGCCAUGCAGGACGAAACCUUCCCCGCCUGCAAGGUGGAGUUCUGAGCCUGGCUCGGCCCAUCCCUGAUUUUAUGGAGAGUACUUGAUAGUUGUUGUGGUUAAAGGGCACACAUUUGAAACCUGCGGCAACCCUUCGAUUGGCUCGUCUGAGCGCCCUCAGUCCAUCACUUUCUGUCUAGACCAAGAGCUUCAUGCUAGCAGUCUACAAAAUCCUCGGGGGAUUUCCAGGGCACCGAUGAAGAAGCAGGUUCUGGUCUUAAGUUCGCUAGGUCGCAACUAGAGGGCGUUAAGUAGGGUUGGGGAGGAGGAUUAGGAGCUGGUGGAGGUUCAGGUUGGGACAGUUUAGGUCAUGGGAGCGUCGUGUGAACGAAAUUGUUAGCUUGGACUUUAUUGGGAGGGGAAAGAAGCGUCCGAGCUUCUGGGUUUUGAUGUUUGUUUAUUUUGUUUAACCCUAAACCGUGGACGUGAAAAGUGAUUCAUUCAUACUGACUCGUAGAUACUCCAACCCUAAAAGCUUUUGAGGAUCAAGUCCUGGUGAGGUGGACUUGAUUAUGUUAUCAUGAAGUUCCCAUCCACCACAUGGAAAGCUAGAAGCUCAUGGUUAUCACUUUGCAAUAAUCAUACACUCGCGAUGAGUGCAAAAACUCCACUUAGCAUACGCCUCCUUGGUGUUGCUACGGUGCACUUUCACACAAAGAAGAACAUUAACUCAGUUGAAAAAGAAAAGCCUGGAUGUCAACCGUCCAAGUGUUGUUUUGCUCACAAAAAUCCUUUGUAUUUAUUUAUUUAUUUUCAAAUGUAUUUUUCCAACGCUCCAUUCCGCAUUUCGACCGCUGCGGUACGAACCUCACAUUUGAUCAAAGCGUUUGACAACUGAAGCAGUCAUUGAAAUAUUGCGCCCCCUGCCGGCCUUCUUUGGC